AUGGAGCGGACGGAGAGCCCGGUGGCGGAGACCCGCAUCGACCUGGAGGGUCUGGAGCAGCAGCUGAGGACGGAGCUGUGGGAGCAGCCGGGCGUCUACACCGACUCGGCCUCUGCCUCCGUCUCGGGCGUGGAGGAGCGGGAGGAGGAGGUGGCCAUGGAGGAGCUCGUGGCCAUGGGGGAGACGCUGCUGGUGGAGGCCCAGGCAGAGGUACUAGCAGAGGCAGUAGGGGAGACGCAGGAGGAAGUGGGGGCCCCGGAUGGGGCAGCACCAGUCCCCAAGGAGCCCAUCACCCCUGCCAACAUGCGGCCUCCUAUGAUAGACAGGGACCCUCGAGGAGUCAACAAAUGCCUCAAGGUGAACUUCGAGGAUGUGAUUGCGGAGCCGCCAUCGGUGCGUAGCUUUGACAAGGUGUGGGUGGGCAGCCAUACCAUGUUCGAGGUGUCACGCCUCUGGUUCUACCGCAUCAUCUCCCUGCUGCUGGCCAUCCCCGUCUCCCUGGUGGCCGGCAUCCUCUUCGCCAUCCUCAGCUGCCUGCACAUAUGGUUGAUCAUGCCGUGUGUGCAGCUGUGUCUGAUCAAUAUGCACUGGAUAAAGGUGCUGUGGGCCAGCGUACUGGACAUUGUCAUUGGGCCUCUGUGCAGCAGCCUGGGCAAGUGCUGUGGGACCAUCAACAUACACAUAGCAAAGGACUAA